AUGAGUGACGCCUACGAACGUGAGCAGCAAAAUAAUGCGCUUCUCAAUUCUCUCUCCUCGAAAGUGUCGGCCCUCCGGUCUGUGACGAUUGAUAUCCACGAUAAUGCUCGAGACCAGGACACUCUCGACCACACGAACGACGUGUUCUCUUCUUUCUCCACGAACCUCAAAGGUAGUGCCAGUCGACUCACACGAAUGGCGAAACAAGGCGACACUACAGCGGUGUUGAAGAUUGCCGGAAUCUGUAUUGCCGCAGGUUUUGUCCUAUACAUCAUUCUCGGGUGGAUCUUCUGA